UGAAAUCAGAAGCAGAUAUCGAUAGUUAUAUUUAAAGAUGCCCAAGAGAUCCAGAAACAAACGCAAAGAAGAAGAGCAAAUAUCUGAAGACAGCAGCUCUGGUAUUGAUUUGGACUCCUCAGAUGAGCUGUCUGCAGAUGACGACCAAGAUGUUGAAAGAAAUGCAAAUGGUGAAGAGAUUGUCAAUGUUGACUUUGAUUUCUUUAAUUUGAAUCCUAAGAUUGACUUUCAUGCUGUCAGAACUUUUUUAAAACAGCUAUUUGGCGACGAUUAUAAAUAUUUUGACUUGUCUUCCUUGAGUGAUAUAAUAUUAGACCCUUCAAAUUCAAACAUCGGAACAACCAUAAAGACUGAUGGAGCAGAUAGUGAUCCCUUUGCAAUAUUAACUUUAAUAAAUUUAAAAAAUUAUACCAGCAAACCUUCAUUAAAGACUGUUGUUGAAUAUAUUAUUAAUAAGUUGCAAAACUCAAUUAAGAGUCCUGAAUUUUUAAUUCUAUUUCAAAAAAUUUUGCAGAUAAACGAUUCUAAAACUAUUGCUCUAGUUAUAAAUGAAAGAUUGAUUAAUUUACCUGUUGAAGUGAUGACUCCAGCUUUCAAGUUUCUUCUUAAGGAAACUAAUACAAACGAUUCUGAUUUAAAAUACUUUAUAAUAUUAUCAAAAGUAUAUAAGAUGGUUGAUUCAGCGAUAUCUGAUGAUUCUGAUUCUGAUUCUGAUAUAGAGAUGGAUUCUUCUGUUACCAGUAAACCAAAGUCAAAAUCAAAAUCGAAGCAUAAAAAGACAAAAAAGAAUUCUGCAAAUCAACAAGAAUUUGAAUAUUUUCAUUAUGAAGAUAUAAUUUUAGAAAAAUAUGCCUUGAAAAAAGGAAUUUACAGUUAUGACACUGUUUUACAAGAAGUUGAUUCCAGAAGGGUUUUCACAAAUUACGGUGUUGAACCUCAUUUGAGUUUGAUAUUAAUUGAUAAAGAGAAUUUGGAAAAAUCUGUGGCAGAAAUGGAGAAAACUUUUCCACUCUUUUAAGUUGCCUUGAAAAGAUUUGAAGAAAAUCUAAAAAUUUUAAAUAAGUUGAAUCACAGUGUUUUUUUUUAUAACCAUCUUGAUCAUUUUUCAUUAAUCAUUAAUAUCUUUGAUUUCAUUAUUUUUUAUUUGUUUCUCUCAUGUUUUUUUAAAUAUACAGUAUUUAGAGUUUUUGAUCUUUCUAUUAUUACUCAAAUUUUAUAACUAAUCAUUAAUUAAUCAUUAUAAAGUCGCA